UUCCGCACAAUUCGUGUCCGACUUUUCAUCGAUUUCUCUCUUCGCUAACCCUAAUCCCUAAAUUCCAUCUCGAUUUACUCGGAUAGUCCCGGAAUUUUCACCGGUGUUUCGAUUUUCUUCUUUGCCUAUCGAUUGACCUCUUUUUCAACGCCUGCCGUUCCGGAAAUCGGUUUCUAGGUUAGGGUUUCGAAAUUUUGUUGAUUCUUCACCAGAUCUGUCAGAUCUAUCAUCAGUUUUAGGUAACUCAAUCGAUUUGUUCUUGUGGGUGUUUUUCUCUUUGUUGUAAUUUUGCAGGUCUUGAGAUAUUGUUAUUAUUAGUUUGUUCGAUCUAGGGUUUGUGAUUCGAAUUCUUUCUUCUUGUUCGAUUAUUGGGGUCUUUGUCUAUCCUCAAAUUAACUUAAACCGAGGAGAUUAAUGGUUUCCAAUCGGUGCGAAAUCGUGAAAGUUUUCAAUUUAGGGAUCUAGGGUUAGUGUUUCUGAAAUAAAUUUGGGGAUUUUUUAUUUAUCAACGUUAAAAAUGGUGCAGAAACGUCAAUUGGCUGAAGAGGAGUAUGAUGCUUCACCCAAGCACUUGAAAUUGGAAAAUAGUUGCCAAUUAGUUUCAUGUUUGGAAUUUCCUUCAAAAGACGGCCCCGUAAAAUCUUGCAUUUCAGGCAUAUCUGAGGACCCUUUCAUGGAAGAAACUUCUGAAAGUGAACGUCGAUUUGAAAGUGGCAAGAUCUUGGAUCUUCCAGUGUGCACCGAGAAGGAUGUUGGGUAUUCUCAUCUCCUACGAUUUCCUCCUCUAAAAGAAGUCCCCAUUGGACCCGAAUAUCAAGCCGUUAUUCCAGAAUGGUGUGGAUAUGAUGCCAACAACAUCUCUUUUCGGUCUGGUUCCUCCAAAACAUCUGCUUUUUGUCAGACUUCAGAAGCAAACUCCAUCUAUGAUGAGAAUAAGUUUAUGGGGUCUUGUAUCGUUUCAAUUCACGAAACGGAUGGAACUGUUUGCAAUGAUGAUGCGGUUGGAAGAGGAAGAACCGGCUGUUGUUGUGAAGACCCUGAUUCUCUUAGAUGUGUUCGACAACACAUCAGAGAAGCAAGAGAGAAGAUUAGGAGAAACAUUGGGCACGAACGAUUCUUGGAGCUCGGGUUUUGUAGCAUGGGGGAUGUUGUGGCAUGCAAAUGGACCGAAGAGGAUGAACAGUUGUUUCACGAGGUUGUGUACUCUAAUCCUGUAUCUUUAGGGAAAAACUUCUGGGUCCAUCUCGCAGAAGCGUUCCCUUCACGAACCAAUCAAGAGAUUGUUAGCUAUUAUUUCAAUGUAUUUGUGCUGCAAAGAAGGGCAGAACAGAACAGAUGUGAUCCAAUGAAUGCUGACAGUGAUGACGAUGAGUGGCAGGGAAGUGAUCAAGAUGAGAAUUUGUGUCGGGAUGAGAUUGAAAAAUAUGGUUUUAGUAUCGGAAAUCCAGUUUUUGAUUAUAAUGAGGAUAUGGGAUUUCUUCAUGGGUUUAGGGGAAGUAUAAACUUCUCCGAAACACAAGCAUCCAUGGUGGACGAAAAUGGAGGAGAUUGUGAUUUUCAAGACGACUCCUGCACGUCGUCUGAUACGGGUGUAGAACCAGAAGCGAGUGAAGUUAAGGUCGAUUGUGGUAAAUUGUGGAGCAACCGCGACUUCAUUCUCGAGCCAUUGGAUUCCAAAGCGUGGGACGUGGGGUGUUUUUCCUUCCCAAGAAAUAAGACUGAUUUCUUGUCGACUGGCAGCAUGAUUGAGGAAGUCUUUGGAGUCGAGUCCUGGAAUAUAACGGUCAAAGAUAACAAGAAAGGGUCGAGCUAGUAGAGUUCGGUCUUCAUGGAUGGCAACCCGAUUCUUGCGGUUCGACACCCAUGCAAGUUCUUGAUGUCUUCUCUUGUAUAUUGUUUAGCAGUUGGUCAGGAUUAGUAGGUAUUUAUCAUAAAGGUCAUAAAGGUUUGACUGUCUGUCUUCAUCCCUUUGAAAAAUCUUGGGAUGCAAUUCUAGUAUAUAAGUAGCUUUUGGUCAAUUGUACCCAGAAAAAAGAAGUGGAAAAAAGCAAGAAAAAAAUAGAGAAAAAUGAGGGAGAAAAGUAAAGAUUUGUGGUGUAUUGGAUUCUGUUGUAAUUAGAGGCAAGUAUGAUGUUAGUUUUGUGGUGUUGUUUGAUUCAACUGUGUGUCUUCUUUUUUGCUUUCAUUAAUUGGUCAAGUUCAUGCCA